AUGAGUGAACCACCACAACCACCAGGUAAACCAAGUGCAAAUGCACCAAAACCGGCACCAAGAUUAAAAUCAAUUAAACCAACAACACCAGGUGAUGCAAAUAAAAUUACAACACCAACUAUACCAUCUAUAAAAACUAAAAAAGAAUUUAAACCAAAUAUUCCAACUGCAAGAAAAAAGAAAGAUGAAAAAGAUCCAUUAUCAGGCGCAAUUUCGGAUUUAAUUAGUGCAUCAUUAUCACCAUUAGCAGUAGUUGGAGAUAGACCAGGAAAACCAAAUGCAACAUCAAGUGGUAAAUUUAGAUCAAAUUUAAAUCCAAAUAGAAAGAAACCAGCAGCAAUACCAAUUACAAAUUUAUUUCAAACACCAUUAGUACAGGCGGAAACUCAACAACCUCAAUCAACCUAUGAGAUGAAUAAGAAAAAUGAGAAAAAAGAUUCAGAUCUUUUAGCACAACUAUUUCAUGAAAUGGAAGUUGACCCAAUGCAACCAUUUCAUCCAACACAUUUACCAUUGGUUGAUCCUAGAAAAAUUAUGAAAGCCUAUUCAUUGGAUGAUGCAUCAAAAGAUUUAAAUGAAACUAAACGUGAAUUGGAAGAGAAAAUUAAAAAUGGUGAAUUAUCAGAUACUACAAACUUUACAUUAAAUUCAAUUGGUUCUGAAGAUAAUAAUAAUAAUGGCGGUGGUAGUGGUCAAGUUAAGUUUGUGGAAUCUUCAAAAAAAAAGAAUAAAGAAAUUUCUACUAAAGAUAAACCAUUCUAUGUUGAGGAUCAAUUUUUAAAUAAAGAUAAAUUGUUUUUCAUUCAAUUACCAAAUUUGUUACCUUCAACUCAAUCGAAACCAAAUUUCAAUAUACCAAAUCCAGUUUUACCACCACCAAAACCAACAACAAUUACAAAAACUGUUACAAAUCCUGAUGGUUCAAUUACAACUACUACUAUACCAAUUAAUGAAAAUACAAAAAUUGAAGAUCAGCCACCACCACCACCAAAGGAAUUAGAUGAGAAAGCAUUCGUACCUGUGAUUUAUCCUGGUGAUUUCCCACCAUCAAUAAAGGAGAUGCCAUCUGGUAAAUUGGGUACUCUUAAAAUUUAUAAAUCUGGUAAAAGUAUUUUAAAGAUUGGUACUGUUGAAUAUGAUAUUUCAUCUGGUGAUAAAUUAAAAUUUUUAGAAGAAGUUCAAUGUUUUCAAACAAAAGGUGGUCCUGAUAAUUCACCAACUUGUUAUACACUUGGUAUACCAAGUCAACAUUUAGUUGCUGCUCCAAUCAUUAGUCAAAUUAGUGGUAUUUAA